GACCAACAGCUGGUACAAAGCGAAUAUGAAUAUUGAGAAACCCGCUCCGCUCCGCCCGCGCCAUCCACCAACCACCAGUACCACAACAAGACUGGUGCCAGCUUAUAACACCACAAUCCAAAUUAGAUCAGAGUAAACUUAAGUACAUCUACUAGAUAGCAGAGAUUAAGAUGUAAAACUUCCAAAUAAUUUAGCUUCUGGUGAUAAUAAGUUAUGAUGUUGGGGUAUCAUCUACAAGCAGUAUGUUGGAGCGUUAGAAGGCCGAUACACAAAUGGUCUAACGCUGUGAGAAUAUCCGGAUGGCUUGUUGUAACUGAACUUCAGUCCUCUGCUAGAAGGCCCCAGUUGGUUGCAGUGGUCGUGAAAGCUGCUUAUAGGUCUUGCCAAGCAUGCAUCCCAACGGUCGCUUUCGGACAUGGUUUCUGCAACCGUGUACAUCCCUUUGGCAUUUGUAAAUGCUUGAUAGUUUACUACUUCCCCUGACUUGGUUAUGCACAGAACAGCUACUUCAGCACCUGCAGUUUUUUAAACAAGGUUCAAAGAUCAGCAGCUGCAUCUCCCAAGUGUGAACGAAUCGCAGUGAAGAAGACACAACCAACUAACUCUAUAUAGUUCUCUUCAAGUGCCGGCCAAAACCUGUUCUUUCUUUCGGCCAAAUGACUGACAAGUAGCUAGCAAAGGGUUUUAAAACAGCCGAAAGAAUGAAUAAUCUAACAUUCUGCCUUUUCACAUGACGUGCUGCAAGAGACUUCGGUUUGGAGAGUAUGCGAAAGCAUCUCAAUUGAUUGCAAAUCCACAAAGAAGAGGCUCAAUAUCUCUAGAACAAAAAGCCUAAACAUUAGACAAGAGGACGGUUUGAAAGGGCUGGUCAAGAGAGGAAGAUAAAGGCAACCACUUUACUCCAUAGAAUCAAUCAUGUACAACAAGAAGACUGCGGGUACAUAAACCACAAUGGCUUCUCUGCAUCCAGAUAUGCUAGUGUAUCUAAAUGUUGCCAAGAAAACCCCACAAGUUAAAGGUGAGAGUAGAAUACAUCACCCUUUCAAAUCUCAUUGUUUUUGUAACAUUUCAAUGUAGAAAAUGAACGCACUGCAACCUUGUUCUGAAAGGUUUAGAACCCAUCUUGAGGCUAUUUGCAAAAGAACUCUGAACUCAAACUACAGCACCCCUCUUUCUCACUUUAAAAGACUAACCAAAGACUAGAAUCAAAUAUUCUAACACACAUUUGUGAAACAAUUACAGCUCUUGUUUCGAAGACACAGCUAAACAGCUCAUUAGACACCAAGCUUAGGAACCACAGAUGGAAAGCAAUUAUUACAUCAAACGACUAAUCAGUGUUCAUUCUGUAGCAUCAGCAGGCAACUCUUUCAAGAACCCAGAUAUAGUUGAAAACCAACUUGGUCAGAUAUUCUAAUACAGUACAGGGACAUAAGGAAAUUGGCAAAACCGAACUCCCCAAAUUGAAGCAUAGAAGGUGCUAAUUCCAUCCAAAGUCCCACAGGAAUCAACGUUAACCACGAGAACCACCUGAAUCGAAGCAAGAAAGGGAGCUACAGACCUUCCAAGACGUGAUCCUCUGGCCCAAUGGAGGAAUCCCCACACACAUCACAAACAACUCUUCCACGGAUUUCGCCAGUCCAAGCACCGACGCCGGGAACGGAAGCCGCCGCCAUUAGAAGUACAGCCGCCGCCAUUAGAAGCUUCCUCGGCAUCAUAAUCUGCUGCUGCUGCGACGUUGGUGACACCAUGGCUGCUCCCCACGGUGUUUCCUCAGCUUCACUUGGAAAUUGUCUUUUGCCCCUUUUGACAGCGUCGUCGGUGGGAAACGGGAAUGGGAUCGCCAGUUUGCCACUCUACUCACGCGUUCUUCUUUCAUUUGAAGCAUCUGAUAUUUCGGAAAAAUAGCAGAAGACCCCCUGAAUUUCAAUAGUAUGUCACUUCACAUCCUCCUUAUUCCGAAAGCGAAACCUUUUAACCCUUUAUGCCUUCAAAAAAAUGCUUAACGUGGG